AUGAACGUCAACAAGAAGCUCGACCGCUUCAAGCAAUGGGCCGGCGAGAAGAUGGGCGGUGAGGCGAAGACGGGCGUCUCCGACGAGUUCAAAGCCCUGGAACUGGAGAUGAACUUGCGGCACGAGGGCAUGGACAAGAUGCAGAGAGCCAUGACCGUCUACGUCAAGUCGCUUUCCAAGCGCGCAGAGGGCGACGACAAAGAGAAGACGCUCCCUGGCGGACACUUGGGCUCGUCUAUGGUGACACAUAGCGAGGACUUCGAGCCCGACUCGCAGUUUGGCAAUUGUCUAUCCUCUCUCGGUCGCGCGAACGAGCGCCUGGCUCGCGUUCAGGAGACAUACGUUCAGGGUGCUACUUCGACCUGGCUGGAGGGGCUUGAACGUUCCCUCGCUCAGAUGAAGGAAUACCAGACAGCGCGCAAGAAGCUCGAGCAGCGGCGACUCGCCUACGACGCCUCCCUCGCCAAGAUGCAGAAAGCAAAGAAGGAAGAUUUCAGAGUUGAGGAGGAAUUACGCUCACAGAAGGCCAAAUACGAGGAGUCGAGCGAAGACGUGUUCAGGAGGAUGCAGGACAUCAAGGAGUCCGAGGUAGACCUGGUCCAGGAUCUGUCUUCCUUCCUGGAGGCCGAACUGACCUACUACGAUCGCUGCCGUGAGAUUCUGCUGAAUGUCAAGCGGGACUGGCCGGUUAGAGAUUCCGCCGCCAGCCGCUCGCGCUCUCGGUCCAUCACUGCGCAUGGCUACGCUGAGCGAUUCAACCCUACAGAAGAGGAGCCAGUACCAGAGCCACCGCGAAUCACCAUCCCUAAACUAUCCUCUCGUAACAUGUCCCCCGCCCAGGGCAACUCGUCCCCUGGCGGAUACUCCUCUCGACCCACGUACGGCCGCCAUUCCACAUUCGAAGGACCAUCCCGCAUCCAGCGCGAAGAGUCCCCCGCUCGCCGGCUCUCCCGGGUCCCAACUGAGCCAACCACAAUACUCGCCGGCCGUGGCAGCCUCCGUCCAGUCCGACAAGCGAAUACCUUUGCUGACGACUACGAAGACGAAUAUUCCAGCAUCAACGGCCAUAGACGGGACCGAUCUCCUAGUCCAGCAGCAAGCAGCCAAGGCAGUGUUCUAUCGCGAGCCGCGAGCUGGACCGCCACCGACCUCCCUAUAACCGGAAAGAAAGCCCCGCCGCCACCGCCGCCAUCAAGGGCAAAGAAGCCACCGCCGCCUCCUCCCCCGAUGAAGCGAAGUGGGUUAUCUUCAUCAGAAGUCUCACAUUAUUAA